AGAGAGAGAGAGAGAGAGAGAGAGAGAGAGAGAAACAGAGAGAGAGAGAGAGAAGCGUGGGUCUUCGUCCAACAUCUUUCGACGUCCACGGCUGGUGCAAUAAGAGAAAAGCUUGUCCUGGAAAACAUCGAAGUGAGAUUACUCUCCUCCUACGAGAGAAUAGAUCGAACUGUCGGGAGGAAACAAGAAUACGUUCGAUUCUAAGAAAAUAGAGGAUCGAUACAUCUUCAUCGUAAGUAAGAAGGAAAGGAAGAAAUAAAUAAAGGAAGAAAAAAAAUUUGGAAAAAGAGAAAACGCGAAAGAAGAAAAGGGACUCUGUAAAAUAAAAAAAAAAAAUAUUUAUUUCUACGUAUAGCCGGAGGCUAUCAAGACCCUUGGCUGAUCAAGAUAGGUCCUUAUCUACUUGAACGAUCCGAACGAAGUAAACGAUCGCUAGGUGAAUAUCUCGUGGGUGGAGAAACGCGAUGAGGGGGAGGAGUCGAGGUACUUGGUGAAUUACGUUUUAAACCACCCCCUCUAACCCCCCUACUCAGAACAGUCUGCCCGCCAACAGUCUCCUUGUUCCAGCACCGGUGGAAAAACUUUUUCAAGUAAACAGUAAUUAUUGUAGGCGAGAGAAGGCGAUCGUGAUUAAUAAUCGGCACCGGUUGAACAUCGAGAAACCUCGUGAGAAGAGAAUAGAAGGGAAGGAAAUAAAGAGAAGAGAGAAAAAGUAGCAGCGUGGGCGUUCGUGCCUGUGACGUGUGACGUGUGCGUGUGCGUUUGCGUGCACUCGCGUGUAUGUAUGCACAUUUACAACACGGAGGACUACGUACUCCUUCGUACCCUGGGUACAAAGAGUGUUAAAGAGAAAGAAAAAGAGAAAGAGUUGUACGAUCGUGCAAAUGAUCGUGCCCUUACGAUCCUUUCGAUCGUCGAUCGUCUUAGUGGAUGCCAGAUUGCCUGGAUGCCAGUUUUGGAAGGCGGAAUAGCAAAGAAGCGUGGUGCCGAUAGGCUCGGUCGCAAAAUGCGAAUGAGACUUUGCACCGCAUCGAAGGAGUCCUAUACGCUGCUCUCCAAGAAACGGAGACAGCAGCUCGAACAGUCCGUAUAUUGCGAGUCCGAAUCUCGGAGGAGCGCUGUGGAAGAUGAAAGGCAAGACGUCCAUGGCACCAAUCAGGAUAAGAUAAAGGGAACAACAACGCAAGAUCUCUUUGAAUUGUUGGAGAGAGUUCAAAGUUCUCGAUUGGAUGAUCAACGAUGCGUAUUGCCACCAUAUUUCUCUCAGUUAAGGAAAGCUGAGAAUCUCGAGUCCCGAGAAAACAACAGCAACACGGCAGGAACGGCUGUGGUGGCGGCAGCGAACUCGACGACGUCAGGUUGGGUUCCUGCGUCGAGAUCGAAGGGCGCAUUCGAGAGAGGGAACGAAGAGGGGAGAAAGAGAGAGAGCGAGAGAGAUAGGAGGAGGAGGAGGACAAGAAGCACGGUUAUGAUGGGAGUACUGCGCUGGAGGCACGAUCUUAGAUCGGAGGCCGGCCAACAGGCAGGAGGAACAGCAACUGCAACAACAGCAACAGCAACAGCAGCAGCUGGAGCAGCUACGACAACGACGCAGCAACAGCAACAGAGAGCCAGUUCUGGUCAUGGCAAUCAUGCGCAUGCGCAUGCCUUGCCGAAAUUACUCUCGCAGACAGCGAGAGACGAACGAGCUGCAUCAAGUCCGAGUGGUGCAGGUGGACAAAACAACCACUCGUCUUCAUCUCCAUCGCCCUCCCCUGUCGGCGAUGCACCUCUUGGACGAGCCCUUAUGGAGGCCGCACUUCAACAGGCUACUUCCGGCUCGCAGGAGCCACCCUUAGUCGUGACACCACCUGGUUAUUGGUUAGAUGGAACCGAUCAUCGACAUACCUUGGACUCGGCAGGCAGAGCACUACUUCCUGCUCAGCCAGCCUGGCAACCUAGGAUAGAUCAGGAUGACACGGCUAAGUGUUACAGGCGUUUCUUCGUUGGCAGAGAACAUGUGAACCUGAUAGGAAGGGACAGCGAGAAUGGGCCGGUCCUUGUCUCGGUGAAGGCCGAGACGGUCGCUGGACAAGAACACUGGCGAGUAUUGCUGAGAUUACGUGCUGGUUCAACGCAUGAGUUAGUCCCAGCAGCAUCUCUUGGACCGAUUCCUUCACCAGCGAAAAUGGUUAAGACGAUCAAUGACUCCUUGAACGUAAACACUUUGAUGCCAGUGGUAUGUUCAGGGGCUGGUACUUUGAUAGCUCAAUAUGACGAGCAUGCACUCGUCUCGAGAUUCAAAUUCGGCGUACUACAUCAACGGGCUGGGCAGGUGACCGAGGAACAGCUUUUCGGUAAUCGCCAAAUCACACCUGCUUUUCAAGAAUUUCUUGAUCUUUUGGGGCAAAAGAUCGACUUGAAAGAUCAUAAAGGAUAUCGAGGUGGUUUGGAUACUCGACACGGCCAAACAGGAGAUUCCGCGGUUUACGAAGUAUUUCGUGGUCGUGAGGUUCUCUUCCAUGUAGCUUCGCUUUUACCGUAUAGUCCAGGUGAUUCGCAACAAUUACAACGCAAGAGACAUAUUGGUAAUGAUAUCGUAGCGAUUAUAUUCCAAGAGGAACCUACACCUUUCAGUCCUGAUAUGAUCGCUAGCCACUUUUUGCACGCCUUUAUCGUCGUGCAAGUCGUCGAUCCAUGUACGCCUAACACAAGGUAUAAGGUGAGCAUAACGGCGAGAGACGACGUACCUUGGUUUGGUCCGGCCUUACCAACACCUGCUGUCUUCCUGAGAGGCGUCGAAUUUAAAGAAUUUCUUCUUACGAAAUUGGUCAAUGCUGAAAAUGCGGCUUACAAGGCUGAGAAGUUCUCAAAAUUAGAAUUACGAACUAGAUCCGCUCUGUUGGAGUCCUUGACGGAAGGAUUGCAAGCAAAAACAACGGAGUUCUUAGGUGGUACCAUCGGUUUAGGAGGUAAUUUAACAUUCGGUGGAAAUUGUCCUGUAAGCCCAACGGCAAGCGACUCCUCGGCUUCCGGUGGCGGAGGUACUGGCUCAAGAUUUAUCGAUACGGUACGAAAAGCAUUGAUAUCUCGAGUGAGAAAUGCAUCGACCGAGAGUGUACCUCAACAACUCGCUAAAAAGGGUGCUCAUUCUGAACCAAGUCCACCAAGUAAUCGACAAUCCAACGGAAAGAUAAGUGGGAAACGAUCCGUUGAACCGUCAAGUCCAUUGGGUUCGCCGGAUUUGACUUUACGAAGGGACUCAGAAAGAGGUAGUCCUAGUUUGGGAAGUCAAGACAGUAGUUUGUCCAAUACGGACAAUCAGGAUAGCAGUUUGGCUACAUUGCAGCAGGAUGAGGUAGAUCGUAGAGAGUCUAAUACAGGAAUUGGUGGAGCAAAUGAUUCCACGAGCACGGAAAAGAUCACUACGGUUUCCUCGGUUCAACGAUUAACUCAUGAAAACUUGAGAAGACAGGAACGAACAGAAAAGACCGAAGUAACACAACGCGUUGUUUCCGAGAGCGACGAUAGCUCAUUGAACAGCGAGCUUGAACUCGACCAAGCUGUUUAUCCUGACAGCGAUACCGGUCUUGAAUCUAUGAGUUCCGCGGAAACGCACGACACUACGAGGUGUAAUGCCAAAGACGGUGCUGCGGAAACCGAAACUUUGAGGAUGGAAGUUACUAGACUUAAGUGCGAUAAGCUGGACUUAUUGAGACAAAAUGUGACUUGUCAACGCGACAUUAAACGCCUUCGAGAGAAAGAGUUACAAUUGCAAUCUGACUUAGCAGCAGCAUCGAAAGAGAUUCUCCGAUUAAGGGCGAUGCUUAAAGAAUGUUCGACGAGCAUUCCUUUGGAUAACAACAAUCAACAAACGUCCACCGUUUGAAGGACCGUCGAACGCAUUUUUUGAUUCGUUAUCGCUAACGGUUAUUACCGUUAAAGAUCGCUAUAUUUUAAUCGUCGAAUGGGGACCGACCAAUUCGUAAACUUCGUAGAUCUUCCACUCUUCCGAGAUCGUUUCUUUUAAAAGGGAAUCAUUUGUUGUGUAUAUAUGUAUAUAUAUAUAUAUAUAUAUAUACACGAAAAAACUUGCAAUCAAUGCUUUCUUCCUCGGUUCGCUUUUACGACUGGGUUUUCUUAGAUAGCGAUUGGUACAAAUUCGAUAAGUCAUAAGGGAUAUGUAAUUAAAAUGUAAAGUCAAAGACGACACAGUUCUUUCGAAGUGGAACUCGUUAUUAGAACGUACAACAGUAUA